CAAACAAACAAACAUAAAAAGAAAAAAAAGUGUCACAUAAAAAUAUCUCAACCAUCAUUUCAUUUUCACUCACAUAAAAAAAGUGUUAAAAAGUGUCUUAUAAACCCCAAACCAUUUUCAUAAGUCUCAGAAACCUCUUUGCGUCCAAGUGAGUCUGAGAUCUUAAGUGUGUAAAAUGGCGGCAACAUCAGCAGCUACCCUUUCAAUUGGAACAAAUGUCUCCUGUGGCCGCAAAGUGGGCUCACUUUCUCAAUCAAAGCCUUUUGGUGUGAGGUUCAAUUCCCAGAACUCCCUAAAGAGUUUCAGUGGCCUUAAGGCUGCAACAUCUGUGAGUUGUGAGUCAGAUUCAUCCUUCUUAGGCAAGGAAACUAGUGCUGCUCUUCGAGGAUCUAUUGCUCUGAAAGCCCAAAAAGAAAAUCAGAGUUACCAGUAUCACCUGCAGCCCCAGGCAGCAUUCAAAGUGGCAAUUCUUGGAGCUGCUGGAGGUAUAGGUCAGCCCCUGGCACUUCUUAUCAAGAUGUCCCCAUUAGUUUCUGCCUUGCACCUCUAUGAUGUAGCAAAUGUUAAGGGAGUUGCCACUGAUCUCAGUCACUGCAACACUCCUUCGCAAGUUCUGGAUUUCUCCGGAGCUUCUGAAUUAGGCAGUGCUUUGAAAGGUGUAGAUGUUGUUGUUAUACCUGCUGGAGUUCCAAGAAAGCCUGGUAUGACUCGUGAUGACCUCUUCAACAUCAAUGCUGGCAUAGUUAAGAACUUGAUUGAGGCUGUUGCUGAUAACUGCCCUGACGCCUUCAUUCACAUUAUCAGCAACCCAGUGAACUCAACAGUGCCAAUUGCAGCGGAAAUUCUGAAGCAGAAGGGUGUUUUUGAUCCAAAGAAGCUCUUUGGUGUCUCUACACUGGAUGUCGUGAGGGCUAACACAUUUGUUGCUCAGAAGAAGAACUUAAAGCUGAUUGAUGUUGAUGUCCCAGUUGUGGGAGGGCAUGCCGGGAUAACUAUUCUACCUCUGCUUUCGAAGACAAAACCCUCAGUUAGCUUUACUGAUGAAGAAGUUCAAGAGCUAACUGUUAGGACCCAAAAUGCUGGGACAGAAGUCGUGGAGGCAAAAGCAGGUACUGGAUCUGCUACAUUAUCAAUGGCAUAUGCAGCAGCUAGAUUUGUAGAGUCAUCUCUUCGUGCACUUGACGGAGAUGGGGAUGUAUAUGAGUGCUCAUAUGUUCAGUCAGAUCUGACUGAGCUUCCAUUCUUUGCAUCAAGGAUUAAGAUUGGAAAGAAAGGGGUUGAAGCUUUCAUUUCCUCUGACCUCCAAGGGUUGACUGAAUAUGAGCAGAAGGCUCUGGAAGCCCUUAAGCCGGAAUUGAAGUCCAGCAUCGAGAAGGGAAUUGCAUUUGCUAAUAAGCAAGCAGUGGCUGCAUAAAUUUCAAGUGUUUGAAGUCCUUGCCUCUUUACAUCAUAUGCGUUAGAGAGAUGUGACAGUGUCUCAUUAUUUUUUGCUGAUUUAUAAUUGGGUCAGUACUCUCAGUUUUGUAGAAUGAAAACUUUUUGUUUCUUUUCACUAUGUCAAAGCCUUUCAGUAAGAAAGUUCAAGGUUGGGUAUCUUGGUGUUGUAGAUUCAAAGAAUGUAAUCGUUCUUAUUUGGAGCAGGUAGUAAUUGACAGUUUUGGAAUAACAUGCCUGGUGCACUAUAUUGAUCACCA